AUGAGUUAUUUAAGGGCUGAUGCGGCCAGAGGGCUCGUCGUUUGAAGACUCUCUCGGAAGAGAUAGCGUCUCUCUGCAACCUGCGGUCCCAGCAGAGAAACCCUGUGAUCCCUGUUCCAGGCGACAUGGAGCACGACUCACUCUACUCGGGGGGUGAGUGGCACUUCAACCGCUUUUCAAAACUCACAUCUUCUCGGCCACAUGCAGCUUUUGCUGAAAUCCAGCGGACUUCUCUCCCUGAGAAGUCACCACUCUCAUCUGAGACCCGUGUCCACCCCUGUGAUGAUUUGGCUCCUGUGGCAAGACAGCUUGCUCCCAGGGAGAAGCUUCCUCUGAGUAGCAGGGGACCUGCUGCGGUGGGGGCUGGGCUCCAGAAUAUGGGAAAUACCUGCUACGUGAAUGCUUCCCUGCAGUGCCUGACAUACACACCGCCCCUUGCCAACUACAUGCUGUCCCGGGAGCACUCUCAAACUUGUCAUCGUCACAAGUGCUGCAUGCUCUGUACUAUGCAAGCUCACAUCACACGGGCCCUCCACCGUCCGGGCCAUGUCAUCCAGCCCUCACAGGCAUUGGCUGCUGGCUUCCAUAGAGGCAAGCAGGAAGAUGCCCAUGAAUUUCUCAUGUUCACUGUGGAUGCCAUGAAAAAGGCAUGCCUUCCCGGGCACAAGCAGGUAGAUCCUCACUCUAAGGACACCACCCUCAUCCACCAAAUAUUUGGAGGGUACUGGAGAUCUCAAAUCAAGUGUCUCCACUGCCAGGGCAUUUCAGACACCUUUGACCCUUACCUGGACAUCGCCCUGGAUAUCCAGGCAGCUCAGAGUGUGAAGCAAGCUUUGGAACAGUUGGUGAAGCCCGAAGAACUCAAUGGAGAGAAUGCCUAUCAUUGUGGUCUUUGUCUCCAGAAGGCGCCUGCCUCCAAGACGUUAACUUUACACACUUCUGCCAAGGUCCUCAUCCUCGUAUUGAAGAGAUUCUCCGAUGUCACGGGCAACAAACUUGCCAAGAAUGUGCAAUAUCCUGAGUGCCUUGACAUGCAGCCAUACAUGUCUCAGCACAACACAGGACCUCUUGUCUAUGUCCUCUACGCUGUGCUGGUCCACGCUGGGUGGAGUUGUCACAACGGACAUUACUUCUCUUAUGUCAAAGCUCAAGAAGGCCAGUGGUAUAAAAUGGAUGAUGCCGAGGUCACUGCUUCUGGCAUCACUUCUGUCCUGAGUCAACAGGCCUAUGUCCUCUUUUAUAUCCAGAAGAGUGAAUUGGAAAGACACAGUGAGGGUGUGUCAAGAGGCAGGGAACCAAGAGCCCUUGGCCCUGCAGAAACAGACAGGCGAGCAACGCAAGGAGAGCUCAACAGAGACCCCUGCCUCCAGGCACCCGAGUUGGACGAGCACUCGGUGGAAAGAGACACUCAGGAAAGCACCUUAGACCACUGGAAAUUCCUCCAAGAGCAAAACAAAACGAAGCCUGAGUUCAACGUCAGAAAAGUCGAAGGUACCCUGCCUCCCAACGUAGUUGUGAUUCAUCAAUCAAAAUACAAGUGUGGCACCAAAAACCAUCAUCCUGAACAGCAAAGCUCCCUGCUAAACCUCUCUUCGACGAACCCGACAGAUCAGGAAUCCAUCAACACUGGCACACUCGCUUCUCGGCAAGGGAGGACCAGGAGAUCCAAAGGGAAGAACAAACACAGCAGCAGGGCUCUGCUUCUGUGCCAGUGAUCUCAGUGGAAGUGCUGACCCACACGUAGGGGUGCACACACACACACACACACACACACACCCGGGCGCACACACACAGACACACACACACACAAAUACAAGCACAAGCGCGCACGGAAUCACACAGGCACCCACACAAACACCUACACCGUCAGUCCUACACAAAGCAAUGAGGAGCCCAAGUAUCUGCCUGUACAACGGGGACAACUGGAUAGUGAUGGCUGCGUCUCAGGAUGAGCCCACACAUGGGAAACAUCAAGUUUUGGGGUCGUGAGUCUUCCCAACCUGUGGAGGGCCUCUCCGUGUGUUUGCGUUCACGGUAGAUGACAUUCAGUGUGCAUUUCUAAACAUGACAUAUUGACGUGUGGGUUUGCCUGUCAGGUUAUUGCAGGGGACUGGGUUUACUAUUUUCUCUUCGGGUGUGUUCCAUCCGUCAGCUGUUGGUCGGCAGGAUGAAGGUGAAAUUAUGCUAAUGCGGGACAUCUGUGGAUCAUUCUCGCCACCUUGAAUAGUGGAAACUGGAAUGCAUUUGGAAGACAGGAAGGGUGUUCUUCGUUGGUACCCUGGCUCGCCGUUUUUACGUUGGUUUUUGAAUGGACCUCAGGCGCCCUAGGACUUGUGCUCUCGGUGGAACCCACAUAACGCCGGAAACUCACAGACCGACUUGCCUGUUUCACGGUGUCCACUUCCAACGAAUUGAAAUGAAAAAUUUUCCCACGGGCAUGUAAGUCGUUUGGAAGGAAGUCGUAGGGAUAACAAAGGAAAUCAAACACAGGAGUGUGUGUAUUCAACUAAAACCACAUCAGAAAGCCCUGAAGUAAAUCUCAUUUGGUGUGUUUACAAAUGGCAUUUGGGGAGAUUGCAGGUCAGGCGUCCAGCUGCGAAAGCUGCAUCUCUGAAGCACAGUCCCUGUCCUGUCAUCAGACUUCUUUAUCCGACGUGGUGUUUCAGUGGAAAUGAUUGCGGGAAAUGGCCCCUUCCUUUUCUGUAUUUGCUGAUGAGAUUUCACGGUCCCUUUCUCGUUAGGUGCAGUGACCAAAGUUGACCAACCCCUGAGGAAAGUUGUCCAGGGCACAACUCAGGGCUCCGUAGAACCACAGAAUCUUGGGGGCAACCCUGCUCGAGCACCCAAGUGCGCAUACCAACAGGGUCUCUGUGUGACGUUGUGUGAAAACUACAGUGUGAUGAGCAUGAUUCGCAGACAGGUUAUCGAUUGGGAUCACCUCUAAAUCAGUUACGAGCAUUAAAGGACACCGAUGCCCAGGUCCCGCCUCCAGGAAGAAGACCCUCCAGCGUUUUGUGUGAAGCCACGGCAUCUGGAUUCCUCAUGCUUCUGGGGAUCAUUCUCCUGGAAAUGGUGGCUCCUUUCUCCCUGUGGAGCGUCUUUCUAAGCAGUGCUCCUUUCUUCCCCCAGGACGCUUUACGUCUGGCACGGGAAGCCUUCUGAUUGAGCACGCCUGGCCUCAUGAAAAGACAAGGGAAAGAAACGGGGCCAAAGGUCACAGUCCUCUCAUUCCACCAUCCUCCUUGAAACCAUCCCAAUUUCACGGGCCCAGAGGCCAGGGCUGUGUGUUUACACCUCGAGGCCUCGGCACCGGGCCUAAAUUCUGCCCCGUUUCUUCCUGUCUAACACAUUUUGGGAAAAUCCCUAGAGCCAGGAUCUUCAUUCCUGCUAAGCUAGGGAGCCUGCAGACACACCCAAAUUCUGUCCCUCUUAGUUCAGGGAACAUGUCCACUUUCAUCAUCAUUCAAAUUUGCACCAAAUGUGCUAACUGCAAUUCCACCACACAAUGAGUGACCACAAGUGGAGGCAACAUCUCAGAUCCUGAACAAUUGACGCAAGAAUCCAUGAGAUACACGGCUUAUUUUUGCCUUUUCCCACUGAAACGGGGGCCAGUGUUAACAAUGUUAGACAAUCCUCUGUUUCACUCCCUGUUUUUAAAUGUCUCCGAUGGUUUCUUCUUGAGACACGGCCUCACUCCCGCCACCCGGGCUUUUCUACGGGGUAGUUUUCCUUGUUUGCUUCUGUCAAAUUUACAACUUUUUAUUUCAUCCCUAUCAAUUGUUGAUCCAUUAGCACAUAGCUAUGAAAAUAUUAUCACCCAUGCUGUGAGAUACGUUGUUGUUAUGUUCAUCAUUUCUUUAAUAAACCGAAGCUUUUAGUUGGGAUACCUUCUGAUUUCUCAAGUUUUUUCUUUCAUGUUUUCUUAAACUGCCGUCGUACGUCCGAAACCACCGGCUAUACAUUCUCAUGACUAUUUUUCUUUUCUGGCAAACACAAAUUUGGGGAAUGUCAUCGAUUAGUCUCUCGGUGAUUGCAUGAUUUCCCGAAAGUGUUUCACACUCUACAUUGUGCGCUGAGUAUCUCCUCAAACUUCAGUGCAGGUUUCUACCACUUGAUGCUUUAUUAUUUGGGAAGCUAGCUUCGGCAAGAGCAUUUCAUGCAAAGACUUGCCUUGUUCCCCACUGGCAGGUAAUUUCACUCGGAUAUAGAAUCACUAGGCUGGACAUGGAAAGAUUAUCGCUGGAAGGUCUAUUUGAUUCCACGUAU